AUGCCGGACUUCAAUGCGCACGACCUGGAUCCAAGUUGGGCCGAGCCAGAAGUGGAAUGGGUGCAAGAGUUCUUUGACAACCUGUCGGAGAGGUAUAUCCGUGACGAGCCGCUGCUCAUCCGCGACACCACCAAGGCGGAGCUGGCAUACAUCACUGCCAGGGCGGAGGAGGCGGCACUUGCCCAGGACGCUGGCAGCUGUGGCACCAUGGAGGACGAGGCUGACGCGGCCGCGGAGGAGAAGGAGUUCGCCGAGUGGGCGGUGCCCGCCCGGGAGGCCAGCGGCGCUGGUGCCGGGGCUCCCCGUGUUGAAGACGUGGUCGAGGAGUCGAUCGGGGAGGAGCUUGAGGCGGAAGACUCCUCGCCCCCAGCAAGGAGGCGCAUCCUACGACGGGCUAGCUCUGGCGAGCUGGUCCGACCCAGCAGGACCGUGCAACGGGAGAUGGAGACGCUGGCCCAGAGGGUGGCGAAGAGGUCCAAGGCCUCGGCGGGCGUCAAGUCCCCGGCGAGCACUUCGCGCACGCCGGUGGUGGUGGAGAUCAGCCCAGAUGCCAGCCCUCGACGCAGCCCCCGCUUCAGCCCCCAGCACCCUCCCUCGAUGGACCAGGAGGAUAUCGACAUCCUCAUUGGGGAGGUCGCCAAGGACGCUGAGGCCGAGGCCGUCAGGAUCGCGGCUGAGGAAGCUGCCAAGUCCGCCACUGGGGAGGCCGGCGAGGGUCUUGCCAGGGAGUCCGGCAAGGCCACUGUCGAGGAGGUGGGCGAGGACUUGUUCGUCCGCCUCCCGGGGACGGCAGACACCAGAGCGCCUGCCGAGGGGGAGGUCUUCGAUGACGAGGUGCCUGCCACCGCCGGGCUCCAGGUUGUCGAGGAACCGAGCGCCGGCGGCGACGGUUCCCAGGAGGAGCAGCUUCUCCGAGCCAUGGGCGGCAACUUCCAGAAGCUCCAAAUGCUCCACCGUGCCCGCCAAGACAAGGUGAGAUCCAGGAUGGCGGCAGUGGACAAGGCGGAGGCAGAUCUUGACGAGCGCAUCGCUCAGGCGCAAGUCUGGUUUGGCGAGGCCCGGGAUGAAUUGAAGCCUGCCCAGGGUGAGCUGGAUGAGCGCAAGCGAGAGCUCAUCCUGAAGCAGGCCGAUAUCGAGAAGGCCCGGGAAGUGACGAAGGAGCAGGCCGAGAAGGACGAGGCGCUUGCCGCCACACUCCGCGGCAAGGAUGAAGAGAUCGGGAAGAUCUUCGUGCAGCGGACCCAGGAGCUGGAGCAGAGGCAUAAGGAGGCACUCGAUGCUCAGGCCCUAGUCCAUGCCGACAAGGUGAAGGAGCUGGAGCUGGAGCGGGAGGAGCUGAAGAAGAAAGUUUCGGCGCUGACAGAGGAGAGGGACACGGCCAACCACACUCUAGCGGAUGUGCAGGUCGCCAUCUCCGACAAGGCCAAGCUGCUCUCCGAGGCCAACGAUCUGAAGUUGAAGCUGGAAGGCUUGGAGGGGAAGCUUUCGGAGGCUGGGGCUCGUGAGGAGACCCUGAACAAGGCCCUAGAGGACGAGAAACGGCUGCGGAGGGAUGAAGCCGCCGAGCACAAGGAGUACGCGAAGAGCGUAAACCUCUGA